UCACGGUGUUUUAGCUCUCUCGAUCACCUGGUUUGGUUGCUUUGGUAGGAAAAGGCAGAGGAAGAGGGGUCAUGGGUUGGUUUCCCUGUUCUGGAAAUUCGAUAGAGAAAACGAAGAAGAAGAAGAAGCAGCAGACGAUAGAGGAUCAGAUCCAACCCACUUCAGCUUCUGAUAAGUUGAAGGUAAAUCCCCCAUUCGAUGUAAAGAAGGAGCCACCCAAGGAUGGAGGAUCCAAUUACAUUGCAGCACAGACACUUACAUUCCGUGAAUUGGCUGCAGCAACAAAGAAUUUUAGAGAAGAUUGUCUCGUGGGUGAGGGAGGUUUCGGUAGAGUUUAUAAGGGACGAUUGGAGAGUACUAACCAGGUUGUGGCUAUCAAGCAGCUUGAUCGAAGUGGCUUGCAAGGGAACAGGGAAUUCCUUGUUGAAGUGUUGAUGUUGAGUUUACUUCACCAUCCUAACCUUGUUAAUUUGAUUGGGUACUGUGCUGAAGGAGAUCAGAGACUUCUCGUUUACGAGUACAUGCCAUUGGGUUCCUUGGAAGACCAUCUACAUGACCUUCCACCAGAUAAGAAACAACUCGACUGGAAUACAAGGAUGAAAAUAGCCAGUGGUGCAGCAAAGGGCUUGGAGUAUUUGCAUGAUAAGGCGAAUCCCCCUGUUAUAUACCGUGAUUUAAAAUGCUCAAAUAUAUUGCUUGGUGAGGGUUAUCAUCCCAAGCUGUCUGAUUUUGGCUUGGCCAAAAUUGGGCCUGUUGGGGAUAAGACCCAUGUCUCCACUAGGGUGAUGGGCACAUACGGAUAUUGUGCACCAGAAUAUGCAAUGACAGGUCAACUUACGCUGAAAUCUGAUGUUUAUAGCUUUGGGGUUGUUCUUUUGGAGAUCAUCACGGGAAGGAAAGCGAUUGACAAUUCAAAAUCUGCUGCAGAGCACAAUUUGGUUGCAUGGGCACGACCACUGUUCAAAGAUCGGAGGAAGUUCCCACAAAUGGCUGAUCCUAUGCUCCAGGGCCAAUAUCCUAUGAGGGGCUUGUACCAAGCGCUUGCUGUUGCUGCAAUGUGUGUUCAGGAGCAACCCACCAUGCGUCCUCUCAUAGCUGAUGUGGUUACUGCUCUGUCUUACCUUGCCUCGCAUGCACAUGACUCUGAAAGUGAACCAGUUCAAAGCUCUCGAAUGGCCCACCAUAUUCCUCGAACAAGGGACAAUGACUGGUAACUUCAUGGUGGUAGUAAUGGGUAUGAGAGGGAUCAAGCCAGAAUAUUUACUCGAUACUACUCAAAACCAUUGCUGAGUGUAGAGUUUCCUCUGCCAAACAUGGCU